GGGAGAGCGGUGCGGGGCCGGGAGUGAGCGGGGCUGCUGAGAUCCCGGCUGGCGCGGGGAGGGCCCCGGCGCCGCGGCUGAGGCGCCCCUGAGGGCGGCGGCUGCCGGGCAGGGGCCCGGCCCGCGUGCCAGCUGGUGAGGAGGGCAGGGCUGCCCCGGAGCCCGCCGUCAGGAUGAGGCGCUGGGGGGACGGGGCAGGGACCGGCCCUCGCCGGUGAGGAGCGGGCGGCUGUCCCCGUGUGCGCACCCACCGGCUGCCCCGUCACACCGCCCCGUCCGGGCGGCGCAGCCCUUGGCUCCGCGGGUCCGUGCGGGCGGCGGCAGCGGCCGGAGGCGUCGGAGAAGUCGCGGCGGCUCUGCCGGGCGGGAGGAGGAAGGCAGGCAGGGCUGAGGGUAGCCCAGGAUGGCCGCAGCUUCGUAUGAUCAGUUGUUAAAGCAAGUUGAGGCAUUAAAGAUGGAGAACUCCAACCUUCGGCAAGAGCUAGAGGACAACUCUAAUCACCUAACAAAACUGGAAACAGAGGCAUCUAAUAUGAAGGAGGUGCUGAAACAGCUACAAGGAAGUAUUGAAGAUGAGGCAAUGGCAUCUUCUGGACAAAUUGACUUACUGGAACGACUUAAAGAACUGAACUUGGAAAGUACUAACUUCCCUGGAGUGAAGUUAAGGCCAAAGGUGUCCGUGCGUUCAUAUGGGAGCCGGGAAGGGUCUGUGUCGAGCCGUUCAGGAGAGUGCAGUCCUGUCCCCAUGGGAUCAUUUCCAAGAAGAGGAUUUAUGAAUGGAAGCAGAGAAAGCACUGGAUAUUUAGAAGAGCUAGAAAAAGAGAGAUCUCUUUUGCUUGCGGAGCUUGAGAAAGAAGAGAAAGAAAAGGAUUGGUAUUAUGCCCAGCUUCAGAACCUGACUAAGAGGAUUGAUAGUCUCCCUCUUACUGAAAAUUUCUCCUUGCAAACAGAUAUGACCAGAAGGCAGCUGGAGUAUGAGGCAAGGCAAAUCAGAGCUGCAAUGGAAGAACAACUAGGUACUUGUCAGGACAUGGAGAAGCGAGCACAGGCAAGGGUGGCAAGAAUUCAACAAAUAGAGAAGGACAUACUUCGUAUACGACAGCUCCUGCAGUCACAAGCAGCUGAAGCAGAGAGAGCACCUCAGAGCAAGCAUGAUGCAGCUUCACAUGACACAGAGAGGCAGAAUGAAAGUCAAGCAGCAGCAGAAAUCAGUGUGGCAACUAGCAGUACUGGUCAGGGUUCUGCUGCUCGAGUGGACCAUGAGACAGCCAGUGUUAUGAGCUCUAGUAAUAACUAUUCUGUUCCUCGCAGACUGACAAGUCAUCUGGGUACCAAGGUGGAAAUGGUGUAUUCACUGUUAUCAAUGCUCGGUACUCAUGAUAAAGAUGACAUGUCAAGAACAUUGCUAGCAAUGUCUAGCUCCCAGGACAGCUGCAUAGCCAUGCGUCAGUCUGGAUGUCUUCCUCUCCUCAUCCAGCUUUUACAUGGCAACGAUAAGGACUCUGUCUUGUUAGGAAACUCUCGUGGUAGUAAAGAGGCCCGUGCCAGAGCCAGCGCAGCGCUGCAUAACAUCAUUCACUCCCAGCCUGAUGAUAAGCGAGGCAGGCGGGAAAUCCGUGUGCUCCAUCUUUUGGAGCAGAUCCGUGCUUACUGUGAAACAUGUUGGGAAUGGCAGGAGGCACAUGAACAAGGCAUGGACCAAGACAAAAACCCAAUGCCUGCUCCAGUGGAUCAUCAGAUCUGUCCUGCAGUGUGUGUUUUGAUGAAACUUUCAUUUGAUGAAGAACACAGGCAUGCAAUGAAUGAGCUUGGAGGUUUGCAGGCCAUUGCUGAACUCUUGCAAGUGGAUUGUGAAAUGUAUGGACUUACAAAUGAUCACUAUAGUGUUACCUUAAGGAGGUAUGCUGGAAUGGCUCUGACAAACCUGACUUUUGGAGAUGUGGCAAACAAGGCUACCUUAUGUUCUAUGAAGGGCUGCAUGAGAGCUCUUGUAGCCCAGCUGAAAUCCGAAAGUGAAGACUUACAGCAGGUCAUUGCAAGUGUGUUGAGGAAUUUGUCUUGGCGAGCAGAUGUGAAUAGUAAAAAGACUCUAAGAGAAGUUGGAAGUGUGAAAGCAUUGAUGGAAUGUGCUUUAGAAGUUAAGAAGGAAUCCACCCUAAAAAGUGUUCUGAGUGCCUUAUGGAAUUUGUCAGCACACUGUACUGAGAACAAAGCUGAUAUAUGUGCUGUUGAUGGUGCUCUUGCAUUUCUAGUCGGUACACUGACAUACCGGAGCCAAACAAACACGUUAGCCAUCAUAGAAAGUGGAGGAGGAAUAUUAAGAAAUGUUUCUAGCUUAAUUGCUACUAAUGAGGACCAUAGGCAAAUCUUGCGAGAGAACAGCUGCUUACAGACCUUGUUACAACACUUGAAGUCACACAGUUUGACAAUAGUCAGUAAUGCAUGUGGGACCCUGUGGAAUCUUUCUGCACGAAACGCAAAGGAUCAGGAAGCGCUCUGGGACAUGGGAGCAGUCAGCAUGCUGAAAAACCUUAUUCACUCAAAACACAAAAUGAUUGCCAUGGGUAGUGCUGCAGCUCUAAGAAACCUCAUGGCAAACAGGCCUGCAAAAUAUAAGGAUGCCAACAUUAUGUCUCCAGGAUCAAGCUUACCGUCUCUUCAUGUCAGAAAACAAAAGGCACUGGAAGCAGAAUUGGAUGCUCAACAUUUAUCAGAGACUUUUGACAACAUUGAUAAUUUAAGCCCGAAAGCAUCCCACCGUAAUAAGCAGAGACAUAAGCAAAGUAUAUACAGUGAGUAUGUCUUGGACUCCAGUCGGCAUGAUGAUGAUAUAUGCCGAUCAGAGAGUUUUAAUGCUGGUAAUAUGACUGUACUUCCACCAUAUUUAAACACUACAGUAUUGCCUGGGUCCUCCUCUUCCAGUAGAGGAAACAUAGAGACUGCUCGACCUGAGAAAGACAGAAGUCUUGAAAGGGAUCGAGCAGUAGGUUUAAAUACCCAUCAUCCAGCUGCAGAGAAUACUGGGAACUCCUCUAAGAGAAUAGGAAUGCAAAUUUCUACUGCUGCUGCUCAGAUAGCCAAAGUCAUGGAAGAAGUAACGAGCAUGCAUAUUCCACAGGAAGACAGAAGUUCUGGUUCCACUUCUGAAAUGCACUGUUUGGCAGAAGACAGGAGUGCCCCGAGGAGAUCAGCCACUGGCCAUACUCACUCAAACACCUACUUUCCUAAAGCUGAGAAUGCAAACAGGACAUGUCCUGUGCCUUAUACAAAAAUGGAAUACAAGAGGGCUUCAAAUGACAGUUUAAAUAGUGUCAGCAGCAGUGAUGGCUAUGGUAAAAGAGGCCAAAUGAAACCUUCCAUUGAAUCUUAUUCUGAAGAUGAUGAAAGUAAAUUUUGUAGUUAUGGUCAAUAUCCAGCUGACCUGGCACAUAAGAUUCAUAGUGCAAAUCAUAUGGAUGACAAUGAUGGAGAGCUAGACACUCCUAUUAAUUAUAGUCUGAAAUACUCAGAUGAACAAUUGAAUUCUGGAAGGCAAAGUCCCUCUCAGAAUGAAAGAUGGGCAAGGCCUAAGCAUGUAAUAGAUGAUGAAAUGAAGCAAAAUGAACAAAGGCAGCCAAGGAGCCAAAAUGCAGCCUACCCUGUGUACACUGAAAGUGGAGAUGAUAAACACAUGAAAUAUCAGUCACCUUUUGGACAGCAAGAGUGUGUUUCUUCCUUUAGAUCAAGAGGAUCCAAUGGUUCAGAUCAGAACAGAGUAGGCUCAGCUCUUGGAAUGAAUCAGAAAGUAAACCAGUCCUUGUGCCAGGUUGAUGAUUAUGAUGAUGAUAAGCCAACCAACUAUAGUGAACGUUACUCUGAGGAGGAACAACAUGAAGAGGAAGACAGACCAACUAAUUACAGCAUAAAGUACAAUGAAGAGGAACAUCACAUUGAUCAGCCAAUCGAUUAUAGUUUAAAAUACUCAACAGAAGUUCCUCCUUCUUCUCAGAAGCCAUCUUUUACUUUUCCAAAGACUUCUUCAGUGCAAAGCACUAAAACUGACCAUAUUUCCUCAAGCAGUGGGAGCACACCAGCCCUCUCAGCAGGCUCAAAGAGGCAGAAUCAGCUUCUCCCGAGUUCUGCACAGAACAGAGGUGGUCAUGUGCAAAAGACAACCUCCUGUAAAACUUCCUCUAUUAAUCAGGAAACUAUACAAACUUACUGUGUGGAAGAUACCCCAAUAUGUUUUUCAAGGUGUAGCUCUUUGUCAUCUUUGUCAUCAGCUGAAGAUGAAAUAGGACGUCAUCAAUCUACACGUGUGACUGAUGCUAAUAACACACUACAGAUAGCAGAAUUAAAGGAAAACAGUGGGGCUCUAUCUACAGAAGGUGCAGUAAGUGAAAUCACAUCAACAUCACAACACAUCAGAACAAAAUCCAGUAGACUUCAGACUUCUAGUUUGUCUCCUUCUGAUUCCUCAAGACAUAAAGCUGUUGAAUUUUCUUCAGGUGCCAAAUCUCCCUCAAAGAGUGGUGCACAGACUCCUAAAAGCCCACCAGAACAUUAUGUACAGGAAACACCACUCAUGUUCAGCAGAUGUACAUCUGUAAGUUCCCUGGAUAGUUUUGAAAGCCGUUCAAUUGCUAGUUCAGUUCAAAGUGAGCCUUGCAGUGGAAUGGUAAGUGGUAUUAUAAGUCCCAGUGACCUUCCAGACAGCCCUGGACAAACAAUGCCUCCAAGCAGAAGUAAAACGCCACCCCCUGCUCAAGCAGUUCAAGUAAAAAGAGAUGUAGCCAAAGGUAAAGUACCUAGUGCAGAAAAGAGAGAGCCUGGUCCUAGACAGGCCGCUGUAAAUGCAGCUGUUCAAAGAGUUCAAGUACUGCCAGAUGCUGAUACACUAUUACAUUUUGCCACAGAAAGCACACCGGAUGGGUUUUCUUGCUCUUCUAGCCUUAGUGCUCUGAGUCUUGAUGAGCCGUUUAUACAGAAAGAUGUAGAGUUAAGAAUAAUGCCUCCAGUACAUGAAAACGAACAUGGAAAUGAGGCAGAACCUGAGCAGUCAGAUGAUGCAAAGAACAGCCAAGAGAAGAAAGCAGAGAAGCCUACUGAAGCAGAGAAGGACAUUCUGGAUGAUUCUGAUGAUGACGAUGAUAUUGAAAUACUGGAAGCAUGCAUCAUUUCUGCAAUGCCAACGAAGUCUUCACGUAAAGCCAAAAAGCCUUCUCAAGCAUCUGCUCCAAAAAUACCUCCUCCUGUAGCCAGGAAGCCCAGCCAGUUGCCAGUUUACAAACUGUUGCCUUCACAAAGCAGAUUGCAGUCCCAAAAGCAUGUGAGUUUUACACCAGGAGAUGAUAUGCCACGGGUGUAUUGUGUUGAGGGUACACCAAUAAAUUUUUCAACAGCUACAUCUCUGAGUGAUCUCACCAUAGAAUCACCCCCAAGUGAGUUAGCCAAUGUAGACAACGUGGGUACAGGAGCAGAGUCAGGGGAAUUUGAAAAGCGAGACACAAUUCCUACGGAAGGUAGAAGUACCGAUGACUCUCAGAGAGCAAAAAGCACAACUGUGACUCCCCCAGGCCUGGAUGAUGACAAAACAGAAGAGGGUGAUAUUCUGGCUGAGUGCAUUAACUCAGCUAUGCCAAAAGGAAAAAGUCACAAACCUUUCAGAGUGAAGAAGAUAAUGGAUCAAAUUCAACAAGCAUCUUCAUCUCUAAAUAAUAAAAACCAACCAGAAGGUGAGAAAAAGAAGCCAACAUCACCAGUGAAGCCUGUACCCCAAAAUAAUGAAUACAGGGCACGUAUAAGAAAAACCACAGAGCCUAAAAGCAAUAUUAAUAAUGAAAGAAGCUAUCUGGAGAACAGAGAUGCAAAGAAACAGAAUCUUAAAAAUAAUUCAAGAGAUUUUAAUGACAAAUUGCCAAACAAUGAAGAGCGUGCAAGAGGAAGCUUUGCAUUUGAUUCCCCUCAUCAUUACACACCUAUUGAGGGAACUCCUUACUGUUUUUCACGGAAUGAUUCCCUGAGUUCUUUGGAUUUUGAUGAUGAUGAUGUUGACCUUUCAAGGGAGAAAGCAGAAUUAAGAAAAGGAAGAGAAGCAAAGGAAACAGAAACUAAAGACUGCAAUAAUCCACAACAGUCUUCAAAUCAGCAACCAAGUAACAGGGCACAAGUUUGUCAAAAACACCCAACAGGCAGAAGCCAGUCUAAAACUUUCUCUCAGUCAGCUAAAGAUAUUCCAGACAGAGGAGCAGCUCCAGAUGAGAAAAUGCAGAAUUUUGCUAUUGAAAACACACCUGUUUGUUUUUCUCGCAAUUCAUCUCUCAGUUCUCUCAGUGAUAUUGAUCAAGAAAACAAUAACAACAAAGAAGGGGAACCUGCAAAACAUACUGAGGCUCCUGAUUCACAGAUGGAAUCAAACAGACCACAGACUUCUGGUUAUGCACCUAAGUCAUUUCACGUUGAAGACACUCCUGUAUGUUUCUCUAGAAACAGCUCUCUGAGUUCUCUUAGUAUUGACUCAGAAGAUGAUCUUUUGCAGGAGUGCAUUAGUUCUGCUAUGCCUAAAAAGAAAAAACCCUCAAGAAUAAAGAGUGAAAGUGAAAAAAAUAAUUCCAGAAAUACAGGUGGUGUACUGGCAGAAGAUCUAACACUGGAUUUGAGAGAGAUACAGAGGCCUGAUUCGGAGCAUGGUUUCUCACCUGAUUCAGAGAGUUUUGACUGGAAAGCUAUACAAGAAGGUGCAAAUUCUAUAGUUAGUAGUUUGCAUCAAGCUGCAGCUGCUGCAUCGCUGUCUAGACAAGCUUCAUCAGACUCUGAUUCCAUCCUUUCAUUAAAAUCUGGUAUUUCUCUAGGGUCACCAUUUCAUCUUACCCCAGACCAAGAAGAAAAGCCUUUCACUUGUAAUAAAGGUCCAAGAAUUCUUAAGCCAGGAGAGAAAAGUACACUGGAGUCUAAAAAAGUAGAAUCUGAAAGUAGGGGAAUCAAAGGAGGGAAGAAAGUAUAUAAAAGUAUAAUUACAGGAAAAGCUCGCUCCAAUUCAGAAGUUUCAAGCCAGCUGAAGCAACCACAACAAACAAGUGUGCCUUCAAUUUCACGUGGUAGGACAAUGAUCCAUAUUCCAGGAGUUCGAAAUAGUUCUUCAAGUACGAGUCCUGUUUCCAAAAAAGGUCCCCCGCUCAAAAACACAAACUCCAAGAUUCCCAGUGAAGGCCAAAGUCUGACUAGUUCUCCAAGAGGAGUGAAGUCAUCAGUGAAACCUGAGCCAGCCCCUGUAACUAGGCAACCAUCAGGUUUGAACCACAGCGGAUCAAGUAAAGGACCUUCUAGAUCAGGAUCUAGAGACUCCACUCCUUCUAGACCUCAACAGCAGCCAUUAAGUAGGCCUCUGCAAUCUCCAGGACGAAACUCAGUUUCCCCAGGAAGAAAUGGUAUAAGUCCACCCAACAAACUGUCUCAGUUGCCAAGAACAUCAUCUCCUAGCACAGCUUCAACUAAAUCUUCAAGUUCAGGUAGAAUGUCUUAUACAUCACCAGGCAGGCAGGUGAGCCAGCAAAACCUUACAAAGCAAACUGCCUUACCUAAGAGUACCAGUAGCAUUCCACGAAGUGAGUCUGCUUCAAAAGGCUUAAACCAAGCUCUCAGCAGUGGUGGAUCAAACAAAAAGACUGAGCUAUCCAGAGUGUCGUCCACAAAAUCUAGUGGAAGUGAAUCUGACAGAUCUGAAAGACCUGUUCUUGUUCGCCAGUCAACUUUUAUUAAAGAAGCUCCAAGCCCUACUCUAAGACGGAAAUUAGAAGAGUCAGCUUCAUUUGAAUCUCUGUCUCCUUCCAGACCAGAUUCUCCCACAAGGUCCCAAAUACAAACGCCAGUUUUAAGUCCAUCUCUUCCUGAUAUGUCUUUAUCCACUCAUUCAACUGCCCAGACUAGUGGUUGGCGAAAAUUACCCCCUAAUCUGAGCCCUUCUAUAGAAUAUGAUGGGAGACCAGCAAAACGUCACGAUAUAGCUCGUUCUCAUUCUGAGAGUCCAUCUAGAUUGCUGAUCAACAGAUCAGGAACAUGGAAGCGUGAGCAUAGUAAGCAUUCCUCAUCACUUCCUCGUGUAAGCACUUGGCGAAGAACUGGAAGUUCCUCCUCAAUUCUGUCAGCUUCUUCAGAAUCCAGUGAAAAGGCAAAAAGUGAAGAUGAAAAGCAACAUGGAGGUUCUGGACAAAAGCAAAGUAAAGAAAGCCAAGCACCAGCAAAAGGUACUUGGAGAAAAAUAAAAGAAAAUGAAAUUACUCAGAUAUUGAAUGAUCCUCAGCAUUCUUCCUCUGGUGCCACAAAUGGCUCUGAUUCCAAAACUCUCAUCUAUCAGAUGGCACCAGCUGUCUCUAAGACAGAGGAUGUGUGGGUGAGGAUAGAGGACUGCCCAAUUAACAAUCCCCGGUCUGGAAGGUCCCCAGCUGGAAACACUCCCCCUGUUAUUGACAGUGUUUCAGAGAAAGGGGGUGUGAAUGGUAAAGAUUCUAAAGAGAUUCAAGAAAAACAAACCACAGGGAAUGGAGGUGUUCCUGUUCGUACCAUUGGUUUAGAAAACCGUCUGAACUCUUUCUUUCAGAUAGACAGUCCAGACAAGAAAGGCACUGAAACAAAGCCUCUGCAGAACAAUCCUGUUCCUGCGUCAGAAAAUAAUGAAAGUACUGUAAGUGAGCGUACACCAUUCAGUUCCAGUAGCUCGAGCAAACACAGCUCCCCCAUUGGUGCUGUCGCAGCAAGAGUGACUCCUUUCAACUACAAUCCAAGCCGCAGGAAGAGCAGUGUGGACAAUAGUUCUGCUCGGCCAUCACAAAUACCAACACCAGUAAAUAACAGCACGAAGAAACGUGACUCCAAGUCUGAAAAUCCAGACUCCAGUGGAACUCAGAGUCCUAAACGUCACUCUGGCUCUUACCUGGUAACUUCUGUGUAAGUGCAACAAGAAAUAACUAGAACUGGUGUAUUAUAUACAGCAGCUAUUCAGAAGUUUUGUUUCAAACGAAACUUCAAAAGAUUGGGGAUUUACUUCUUUGUUGUUUUUAUUUGUUGUAAAUAGGUUUGAUUCUUGUUAGAGGGUCCUUGUUCUGGAAGCCAUAUUUGAUAGUAUACUUUGUCUUCACUGGUAAUAUUUUGGAGGAAUACCUGAUUUUCAGUUUGGAAUAAAAUUGCUAAUGCAAGUAUAUUUGUACAGUAUGUUUAACAUGUAUUUAAUUAGCAUCCCAUCCCAUAAUUCUUUAAAUACUGCUUGUCGUUGAAAUCAUGAAACACUGCAGAUAGAGGUGAUACAGUCACAUUUUCAAUCAUUUCUAGAUUACAGACCGACUAAACUACAUCAGGGAAGAACUGGUAUUAUUUAUGCAAAAAAUUAUACUCAGUUUUAGUAUUUGUGAGUCAUCUAACCCAAUAAUUAAUCAUGUGACUGUGAAAUUCACAGUAAUAUGGUUUCUGCUGAACAAGCUUUCCCAGCCUGCUUUUCUGCAUGAAUGGAACUGAUGGUUCAUUUUCUGAAGUAAUGAUUAACAUUUCUGUAGUCACAUAAUGUGCAUAGAUAGUUGUGGUGUAAUGAUUUACACUUUCUUUGUGCUCUGCAAAAAAACUCCACAAAACAAACAAAAAAAAACCCCAAACAAACAAGAAAAAGAAAAGAAAAAAAAAAAAAAGAAAAAAAACCACAACUGUGCAACUGUAAAACCUUGAACAAAAUAAUUUUACCUGAAUUAGAUUUUAUCUUAAACUAGGUAGACUUUUUUUUGCUAUGCUGUAACUUGUUGUAUAUUCUGGUAUUUGAGGUGAGAUGGCUGCUCUUUUAUUAAUGAGAUAAGGGGAUGUCUCAACAGAGACAAAAACGAACAUUUCAGAAUAAAUUAUUACUCUAUGUAAAUUGUGUGUGUUACUUCUGCAUUACAUAAAAAUACAGUAAUUUAUUUUGAGAUGUCACCAUAUAAUGUGUUGUAUAAUGCACUUAAACUUAAGGCCUGAUCCAGCAGAAUCUUGCACCUCCGAUAUUACUUCUUCCUUAUCACUGACAAAUGGCUGUUGUAGGAUCCUAACAACAGCUGCAGGAUCAGGCCCUAGGUUUUCCUGUAAUAUAUUUGUAAUUGAGACAGUUUCACACAUCUCAGGUGCAUAACAAGGCUAAAGACAGGGUGCUUCCAGUAGCCAGGCAGUUUAAUUGUUUUAAUGACUGCAAGCCUGAAACAAUACUGUAUCUAUAAAAAUAAUACUUAUAAAACAAAAGAUCUUUUUUAAUUGGGGGUAAUAAUGUAGAAUGUGAAAUAUCGACUAUAAGAUGAAAUUUUAAUUAUAUUUUAAAUCUUUGUGCAUUUAUUUUUUACUGUUAUUAAUGAAGGGGAUAAUAUUGCAACAAUCCUGUGGCAGCAAAAAAUUUGUUAUAGUAGAAAAGCAAUUUUAUACACAAACCAGGACGUUUGCUGCCCCAAGCCUUUUUGAUGCAAAUAUGGUUUGUGCUAAAACAAUGCCGAAAAGACAGAUUUGUGCUUUAUAACAAUAAAUAUAGUCUGAAUUUAGAUGAGAAUUGCUUAAAGCAGAAACAUGAAAGAACAGAGCAAUUAACCAUUCUGUGCAUGAUUGAACAAACCAUGAAAUGGUAUGUUUUGUUGUAUCUCAACUGGGCUGUUCUAAAGUUAGCAUUCUAAAUAACUUGAUAUUCAGGAUUCAAAAGUGCCCUGAUUUCAGAAAGCCCUGAAACACAGUGAUUCACCUUUUCCGUAGCUUUAACACGCUUGCAGAGUGUACACAUCUGUGACUUUUGUACUUCAUCUGAUGUUGAAAUGAUCCAUUUUUUGUCUUGAAUUCACCAUAAGGCAUUGCACUGUUUAUGAAGAGAAUUGAGAUAAAAUCAGCAGACAGAAGUCAGUUUAGAUAAGGUUAAAAGCCAAUACAAAAAAAACCUAUUUGGCAGAAGUAGUAUCUUAUUUGCUGUUUUGUUCUUCAUUUCCUGUCAGAUUUGCUUAUGGACAUGCCAUGUUUCUAUAUAAUCUGUUGAAUCUGUUAACAAGCAGCAGCCUUGUGUUAGCAUUUGAAAUAUUUUACAUGUAGUUUCUUCACGAAACUUUCAAUGAGUAUUGGUGUCCUUUUAAAGAUGAAACAGAGAGAGAUUAUAUGAUGUGUUCAAAGUCAGGACUUGCUGUUGGAGUAGAAUACAGAACUCCGUCCUUGAGUUGAAAAUUCAAGGCCACUUUUCUUACAAAUAAUGUGAUUCUUAAUUUUUUUAUUAUUACUAUUAUUAUUUGUGCUGGGCUUUUGACUACUAACAUUAAGAAAUACCACAUAAUCCAGGAUAGUUGUUUAACACCAGCUUUACAUCGCUGUCCUUUCGAUUUAAGAAUUUAAAGGUAAACUCAAUCUCAGUAAAGCAAGUUCUGAUUUCAGUUUUAUAACUGAGGGAAUAAAAAGAUGAGGUGAAACAAUAAAUAAUUUUGUGUGGUAUCAAACACCAGAAUGUCUGAAAAUUGUAGGAGCUUUUCUAGUCUUGGAAGUACUUCAUGAUCAUUGCAAUUGGGAAGUUUCUCUUAAUAUACUCAAGUAACCUAUAUUUGUAGCAAAGACAGCUGAGAGAAACUUUACAACUGUUAAGGGUAGUGAUACACUAAAAUAUACUUCCCAUGGGAGUUGUUAAAUUUCCAUUAUAGAAGUUUUAAGAAAAGGUUUAUGAAACAUCUCAUAAGGAUGCACUGGAGUGUAUUUCAUUUUGCCUGUGUGUAGAGAUGGACUUACAUGGUCUUUUGAAAUCCCUUCCAGAUCUAAGUUUCUCUGAUUCUUUAUCUAAAAUACUUAAUAUCCACUAAGAGCCUUUUAGAAUAUUUAAGGACAUCCACAAUAUUUUAUCUAUGUUAGUGAUGGGGAUACAAAGUUAUACUCUAACCUUAGCUAUAAAAACAUCCCAGAAAUAUGAAAUGAAAAAUGUCUGUAAUAACUAUAUUUGGUCUUGGAUUUUGUUAAUGGUGCCUAGAUUCAUGGUAGUCAGACUUUAUUUAUGCUGCUAAAGAUUUAGUAUUUUUCCUUGGUUUUAUUUUUAUGAAGUUGCCACAGUAGGUAAGAGGAUAAGUCAAGGUGAAACAAAGAAAAGCAAGGGGCUAAGGAAGCCAAAACACACUACUGUUCUUCUGGGAUGCACUGCCUUUCUUUCUACAGAUUUUGAUAGAACUUUUGUCAUUUGUGUUCAGACCUUUAGUUGUAUUUGAACUAGGUUACUGUAUCCAGAACAUAGCAAACUUGUAUUUAAAAAUCAGUUUAUACUGAUAAUACACUCAUAAAGCUUAUCUCAGACCAACUUACAGGCUUUGUCCUCUUAAUGUAAAAAGUAGAAGCAUGACCUCCCAACAAACUGUAAUUAGUUCACUUUCUUAAAUGUACAUUCAUUGUAGUUCCUUGCAGUGUGCCACAGUUAAGGUUAUUGCUCAAUUUGUGAAAGCUUUUCUGACUACAUAUUACAAACUUUAAAGGGAAGCUAAUCUAUUUUUCACGUGUAGUUAGUUCAUCAGAGUAUUUUCCCCUGAAAGCUUAAAAGUUAAUUCUCAAAACUCUGUCAGAGAUUACAUCUUAAAAACUGAAAGCCUUGUCAGGAUUUCCUGAUGAGAUUGGAGUAUUAUUUCAAGCAGGAUUUGGUUGCAGAAUACAAGUACAGUUUAUGCUACAAACUUCAGUAAGCUACAGGAUUCUACAUUCUUCACAUUAGUAUUUUUGUGGCUUUGGGAAGUUAGUUGCUGUAUCUUGGGUAAAGGGGGAGGGAAAGAAAAGGGGCAGUUUUGGAGCAUCUGAGCCAUAUUGUCCCAGAUAAGUAGUUUUGUGGUAAUUUGCAUAAACUGCACAGGAGAGAGAACAUUUUGUCCACAAAUUAAUGAGGUUUUAUUUUGAAAGUAUACCAGUAGACCAUGAAACUGCAAGGCUUUGAUAAUCUGACAGCUGAAUUAUUUGAUAGUUGGAGUACUUCCUAACUGUCCAUCCACCCCACGCCCCUUAAUAGAAAUGAAGAUUACCAAGAAGAUAGAGUGUAUUAGUGUCUUAAGGAUACAGUCUCAUACAGUUCCAUUUCUGGGUCAAAGAAACAGCAUGCCCUGUUGAAAGAAGUUUUCUUCUCCCUUCCAUGCUCCUGGCUGUUAAUCCUGGCUGUCAUCUGACGUUUCUGUGGACUAGCUCACCUCUUACCUAGCAGAACUGAUGGGGAGAGUGGGAUUAGUGCUCCGUUUUAGUAUGCUGAAUUUUUACAGCACACAGUUGAGCAAGUGCCACCUGAGCCAGCAGAAAAGAAAAUGAGCAGCUAGGGCUGGUAGAAAGACGUUGUGUUAGUUUCCUUUAUGGAUGGCCAGUAGGUUGUAUCAAGCCAUUAUAGGCAGUUUUAAGCCGGUAAGCCAAGUUUCAGACCUAUUCACCCUUUUUACAACAGCAAAAGAAAAUUGGGGGGUUGAUACUCUUAACUGUUGUUCACUCUGAACUCUGCCUAAUCGCCCCUAGCAGUUCACACUUGAAUACAUUAUAUUCUGACCACUAACUUAAAAAAUACUAAAUCAGUCUACAGUUAGUCCUUGUGGAAAAGAAAUCUAUCAUGAUUAAAAAUACCCAGAGAAAAUUUUUUCUACCAUAUGUAAACUUCCACAUUUUAGAAUUUGCAAUAUUAAAAUUCAAUGCAGUAAAUCCUUCCAGUAAAAAGAUUUAUUGCAACUAGUUGCUUUCCUGAAGAGACUUGAAGAGGGAGUGAACAUCUCCUUCCCUAAUGAAGACAGUACUUGUAGGGAUGUUCUGGAAAUGUUUAGGUAGACUUCUACAUCUGUGACUAGAUGUCUCCCAAACUGUCUUGUAUAGCUUUCACUAAAUAGUAUGAACAGCCACAAGAGUGUCGCUAACAAUUGCAUGUGGACUUCCACCUAAACAUAACUUCUUAUGUCUCCUGUAACGCCUUGAAAAGUCACAUCCACCUGUCUGAUAGCUUUGUUCUUGAUGAGAUGUGUGAUUUGGAAGAGGCUGUGAAUCAGAAGUGUCAGUUAAUAUGAAGCAAGACUUCCUCCACUUUGAGGACCUUCUUAGUACCAAAUUACCCAAAUGUAUUCACUCUCUGGUUCCACAGCCAUCUCCUUUGCACUUUUACAUUUAACCGGAAGAGAUUUCCUCAAUUUUAUUUUCAUUUCAAAUCACAUGUAGAAGCAGGAUUUCUGCUUCAUAGUUUCCUAUAUGCAGAAUAACAUCAUAUCUGUAAAUGUUUAUAGAGAAUGUUACGUAGUUAAGGUUGAGUUUUUAGUCAGAAUGCUAAGUUAACUGGUUAUGUGUUGUGUUUGGUUACACAUUGGAAGUGCAAGGGAAUUUGGUGUGGUGCAAAAGAGCUUAAAGAGUUCACAACAGUAAUUAAUGUAGGUGUCAAUUAAUUUGUCAUGCCAAGAUGAAUAUAAAGUAUGUAUUUAAUACAUAGGUCUUCAGCUGUCAACUUUCAGUUUACCAGAUGUGCUGUUUACUUACUCGAAGAUGGGGUAAUGCCUCCCUAGCAUAGUUUUGCAAAUUACCUUUCUUAAAAAAUUUCCACAUAUUUAUAGGCUUACGUAUUCAUGAAUUUCUGCCACUUCAAGAUUUCAGGAAGUUAUUCUAAUUUGUCUGUUUGUGAAAGCAUCCGUUGCUUGAGUGGCUGUGGAAUUGUAACUAAGGUAUCAGAAAGGUGUAGAGGGAGCUUGUUCUCUCAGUAGGAUGCACACUUCUGUCCAGACCUCAAGCCAUACAUACAAACGGUAUCUCUAAUGCCCUACUUUUGGUGGGAUUUAACAUGCGUAAAGCUUGUGCUGGUCUUCUGCAAGUAAUUAAAUUGUGAUCCUCUGAGAUCAGAUGCAUUUUCCCACCUGUAAAUGUUGUUUCUCUUGAACAGACUCUGCCCACAAUUAUCUUUCCUUCAGUUUUAUUGUUUGCUUCUGCCUGAGAUGCAUUACUGUUUAUAUCCUAACUGUAAUUCUUUCUUCAGCUAUUCUAAUGUAUUUUGUUUCACAGUAUACUUAUUCUGAAUUUAGUCUUGCUAUGCAUAAUUUAUUUAUUACUUGCAGUGCUAUAUAAAAUUUCCUUCUGAUUGCA